CUUCAGUGGCAGUGCGCAUGUGCGAAAUUUUAGAGGGACGCUUGAGAAACUGUAACUUCAGGUGAUAUCCAUGCUUAAUUUACAGCCUUCAAUAAAGGUUAGUAUUAAAGUUAACGGCAAACGGAUGCCAACACAAGCACACGGUGAGGAAUAUUUCACCACUAUUUACAAAAUCUAUCGGUAUCUGAUUAUUUUUACGAACUAGCGUAGCUAUAGCAGCAUGCUAUCGAUGUGUCAGUGUAGCCUCGGCAUACCCUAGUUCUGCUAGCCGAUAGGAAAUGCAACAGCAGCGGGGCGAGACUUUGGCUCUUCAGCCUGCGUUAGCCUAGUAGAAGGUUAUCGAACCUAAAACAUGUCUGAGAUUCUGGUUGUUGUAAUAAAGAGCUUAUCAAACUGUAGGCUUUGCCUUCCGAAUUAUAGCUUGGUCAAAAUGUUCUUGUACUUUCAUUAUGCAAUAUUUUGACUUCAUGCAAGCGAUAUGUUUGAGAAUAAUCUUUGAAAAUGUUUAUUUUGCAAUAGAAUAAUAAUGUGCCGUAAUGUUUACUUUUAUCAUUGUGUUGCUUACAUGUCUUUUUGUUUCAGGACAGAAAGAAAACCAUGUCAACUCAGCCUCUCAUCAGAUCGAAGCAGACAGAGAAAUCAAUCAAUGGAAUAUCCACACAGGUUGUUUGCACAGAAUUCAGCAACUACAUAUUUAUAGUUCUCACACAGUAUGGAAAGAUUGGCACUUUAGUAUCAGUCACACCUGACUCCAGAUCAGGUGAUAUCAGCACUCCCAUGUUCACCACCAAAGUAUUGCUGGGAAAAGAAGAGGUAAGCAGCUAGACACCACUAGAAUUGUUCAUAAUAUUAGUAACAUUGUAUUGCUCUACUUGACUGUACUAUGAGUAUGUAGGUGGCUGGCUACACUCUUCCUCACACACUGUCUUGUUUUAUUUCUCUCUGCAGGCAUUGACACACGUCUGUGCCAAAAACUUGGCAACAUUUGUGUCACAAGAGGCAGGCAACAGGCCUGUUCUACUGGGGUUGGCACUCAAGGACAGUUCCAUAGAAGCAAUAAAGGCCAUGAAAGAUGUCAUCAAAAGUUGUCAAGUCUGGUAACUACUGGUUCAGGGAUGGAGAAACAGAAUGGCCUACCUGGAAAGACAAUUUCAAAAAAAAAAGAGGCUUAAUGCACUUAACAACUAUGUUUUGCUCUGAAUGUUUUUCCAUCCUUUUAAAACUGUUAUUUUGUUAUCUGUUGUUACAUUGUAGCAUGAACUGUAAAUGUGGGAAUAAAUAUGUCAUAUAAAUGUGAAGUUUAUGCAUUAUAAAUGCCCAUGGAAUUUUGGGGAUUGAGUGAAAGCCAGUAGCCACAAACUGAUUCGGUUUGAGACAACCAUCUUUAUUUUAAAGCCACACUGAAUACCAUCAGAGUGCAUAACUAACACAAAUGUAAAGAAAGGAGCAAAUACAUCCCAUUCCCAUAAAUUUUCACAUGCAAUAUAGCAUUUAAUUUAUUGCUAUGAUAUAGCACCAAUUAUAUAUA